AGUCACUAAGCUGGGGAAGUUGUGACCCCUGAGUGGCGGCGCCUGCGGUGACGGUCACGCGUUGGGUCUGAGGGCAGUGCCCAUGCCCGACCUUGCCAGGAGCUCCGCGUCAGCUUUGGAACCUGGGGCGUUGUUGGGGACGCGUCAGUCGCGGUUCGGUGACACUUGGCGGGGUCGUCCCACGGCGCUGGACGCUUUUCGCGGACCAGGUCGUUUCUCAACCUGCAGAGAUGUCGUCAUGGAUUUGGGGCCUGAGCUCCGGCUUGGGCCAGUCUCUGGGUCAAGUCCCCGGCGCCCUGGUUUCAGUUACUGGACACUUUUCCAACGUGGUCAGGGAGACGCUGAGGGGGAAGGAGGCAAUGGGAGAUUUUCCCGACAGUGGGAGAAGGGAAUCGCAGUCUGCUCAUGCCCUCUUAAGAUCUGAGAAUGAGCGGCUGAAAAUCCUUUGCACCGAUCUACAAGAAAAACAUGAAGCAGCAGAGCUUCAAAUGAAGCAGCAAUCUGCAAGUUACCGAGCUCAACUAGAGCAGAAGGAGGCAGAAAUCAGCCGUCUGACAGCAAGCCAGACUGCGCUCCAGAAUCAGACACUGAAACUGAAGUUGGUAUGUUGCAGGAAUGGUACAGAAAGUAUGACUGACCAGGAGAAUAAGACUCAAACCCAGGUGGUUGGAGGAAAGGGAGGUUUGUUAGCAAGCCAGCACCUGGAUAUCUCCAAAAUGGCGCAGCCCCGAGCUCAGGGGGAUGGCAGCCAGAUCCAGGUCCUACACAAAAUCUACCAGGGCGGCCUUGGCCUUUUCUUGACUCAUGGCACUCACCACCAGAAGCCUGAAUUGACCCAGGGGCAGCAAGGUCGGCUGCAGGAUGGCUUUGAUUUCGAGGACCUAGUCCUUGGCUCUGCAGCCUCCUUCAGUCAUCUGGAAGGAGACCCAGAACCUCUGCAGGCUAGAGGGCCAGGGAACGGGGACCCGCUGCCCAACAAGGCGUGGCAGUCUAAUCUUGCUGGGGCCUCCAAAAUGUUGCAGGAACAGUACAGAAAUUCUGGGUUUCCUUAUCAGGUACAUUCAGGAGCUGGCAGUGUGACAGCAGCCACUGUAUUAUCUUCAUCAGGUUAUGAACGCUGUCAUCAGGUUUUAUCCUUCCAUGAAGAUGACAUGGACUUUGGUGACAAAAUUUCAUCACAACAAAAACUACAGAGAUUGUCCAAUGAAGUUUUAAGACUAGAAUUUGAAGUUGGCCAUUGGAGGCAUAUUGCUCAGGAAGAAAGAGCACACAGCUCUGAGCAAAAGGAAAUCUGCAGACUGCAAGCUAUUAUUAAACACCUUAAACUAAAACAAAGUCAGGAAAUUGAUGACCAUCAGCAUGCAAUGUCAGUCUUACAGAAUGCCCGUCAAUAUAAAUUGAUAGAGAUAAGUUGUAAACAUGAAGAGGACUUACAAGACUAUGAAGAACGAAUUGAAGAACUCGAAAAUCUUUUGCAGCAAGGUGACUCAGGACUUAACAUGACUGAUCACUCUAAAAUCAAUGAUAUGCAAGAAACUGUUCAGGUUCUAUGAACUGAAAAAGUAGAAUCUACAAAAAAACUCAGAGAACUGGAGAAUACAAUAAAAAGCAUAAAUAAAAAAUUAACUUCUGCAGAAAAUGAGCUAGAUACCUUGAAGAGAGAACUGGAACAGUUAAAUGAGGAACAGAGACAAACAAUUGAACAGUGUGAAAGCUUGAAACAGGAAUGUAGUAAACGACAGCCUUCUGCUGUGGAGCAGAGCAAUUCUGUGGCAGAAAAGGAGAGAAUUCUACAGAAUUCUUCAGAGGAAGAAGUAUUCAGACCACAACAAGCUCUGUCUGAUGCUGAAAAUGAAAUCAUGAGACUACGUUGUUUAAACCAGGAUAACAGUCUUGCUGAAGAAAACCUGAAACUUAAAACACUUGUUCAACUUUUAGAAAAAGAGAAGUCAAUAUUGAGUCAAGAAAAGGAAGAACUUCAGCUAUCAUUCUCAAAACUGAGAAAUGAAUAUGAAGUAAGUCAAAGCACAGCUACAAGAAACCUGAAUUUGGAUUUUGAAUUGCAUGACUUAAGAUUUAACUUGCAGGCAAAGGAACAAGAACUGAAUCAGAGUAUUAAUGGUAAGGAAAUACUGAAAGCUGAGUUGGAAGACCUGAGCGUGUAAAACCAAGAAGCUACAAAGCUUGUGAUUUCAUUAAAAGAUCAGCUAUCAAAAUGGCAAAAUGAAGAGAAUAGUGUUAUCAGGAAACUGAAGCAAGAUCUACAUGAUGAAAAAAGAGUUUAUCAACUUGAGGAUGAUAAAAUGAAAAUCGCAAAAGAGUUAGAUGUGCAAAAAGAAAAGUUAAUGCACAGUGAACUGGCCCUAAAUGAUUUGCAUUUAGCCAAGCAAAAGCUUGAAGGUAAAGUAGGAGAUUUAGAAGAUCAGCUGAGUAAAUCACAGAAAAAUAACUUAAACAUCCAGAGGGAGAAACUUGAAAUUAAGAAACACAUUAGACAAAAUGAAGAGGACCUAUCCAGAGUCAGAAAUGAGUUAACUAAGUUCCUUAAUCGAGACUCCAACAGUAAUUUUAAGGGUGACUUAUUUCAAGACAGGAAAGAUGAAUUUAGAACCUCAAAGCAAAAUCUUUCAGAAAUAGAAUAGCUCAAUGAAAAUUUAAAGAAAGCUGCUUUUGAUCUCCAAAUGGAAAAUGAGAAGUUAGUUUUAGCAGGUGAGGAUAUAAGACAACAGUUGGAAGAAUCUAUUGCUGAUAACAAACAGAGUUCUCUGGAAAAAUGCACUGUUGCAGAGACUCUGGAAAAGGAAAAAGAACAAAUAGAAACAGAAUUGUGUCUGGCUGAAAAGAGGCUUUUGGAAGAAACAAACAAGUGUAAGCAGACUGUUGAGGAACUAUCAAAUGCAUGUAAUCUGAAUACCUCUGCCUUACACCUGGAAAAUGAGCAUUUAAUUAAACUCGUUCAAGAGACAGACUUCGAAAUAGUGGGACUCAAAAAGAAUAUUGAGCAAAUGGAUACCCAUAAUAAAAAAACUAAGGAUAUUCUGUCAUCUACUUUAGAAGAGCAGAAACAAUUUGCCCACCUUAUAAAUGAAAAAGAAAUCUUUAUUGAAAAGUUUAAAGAAAAAAGUUCAAAACUGGAAGAAGAAUUAGAUAAAUGUUCUCAGGCCUUAAGAAAAAAGGAAAUUUUAAGGAAGACCAUACUGGAAAAGAACAGAAGCUUUGGAUCUGUGAAAGAAGGAAGCAAUCUUCUACAAAAAGAACUGGAACAACUCCGGGAACAGCAGAGUCAAACAGGACCUGGGGCUGAGCCUAAAACCCUCAAUAGAACCACAGGAGUAGAAUCUGAGGUGUCUCAACUGAAUAUAAUCAAGGAUCAUCUGGAGGAGGAAAUUAAACAUCAUCAAAAGAUAAUUGAAGAUCAAAAUCAGAGUUGGAUGCAACUGCUUCAGUCUUUACAGGAGCAGAAGAAGGAAAUGGACGAGUUUAAAUAUCAGCAUGAACAAAUGAACAUUAUACAUACCCAGAUCUUUUUAGAGAAAGAUGAGGAAAUUAAGAGUUUACAAAAAACAAUUGAACAAAUAAAAACCCAGUUGAAUGAAGAAAAACAGGACAUUUGAACAAAAAAUUCUGAUAUUUUUCAAAAAACGAAAGUUCAAAGCCUUAAUAUAGAAAAUGGAAGUGAAAGACUUGAUGUACCUGAAGCCAAAAUUGAAAGGCUAGUGAAAGGACUAAGAGAACAAGAGUUAGAGAUUAAACUUUUAAGUGAAAAGAAUAUAUCUCUAAGUAAACAAAUUGAUAAUCUGGCCAACGAUGAGGUCGGUAAACUAACUGAGAUUAUCCAGCAGAAAGACAUGGAGAUACAAACUCUUCAUGCAAGAAUUUCUUCUGCUUCCUACACCCAAGAUGUCACUCACCUCCAAGAGCAACUGCAGACCUAUGCUAGAGAAAGAGAGCAAGUACUAGCUGUUUUGGAGGAGAAGACAAGGGAAAAUAGCCACUUGAAAACAGAAUAUCACAAAAUAAUGGAUAUAGUGGCUGCCAAAGAAGCAGCACUCGUUAAGCUGCAAAAUGACAAAAAAUUUUCCACUAGAUUUGAAAGUGAUGGUCAAGUUAUGUUUAGAGAAACUCUUCAGAAUUUAUCACUUAUCAUUCGAGAAAAAGACAUCGAGAUAGAUGCACUAAGUCAGAAAAGUCAAACUUUGUUGGAAGUGUUUCAAGCUUCCAGCCCCAGUAAUGAUGUUGGAGGUGUUACUAAUAAUCAGUUUGAGGAGCUGCUACAGGAACAUGUUAAACUAAAACAGCAAGUAAAGGAAAUGGAAGAAUGGAAAAAGGUGAUAACCACUGUCCAAAACACGCAAAAUGAGUCCACCCAGCUUCUGGAGGAUCUUUAUCAACUUCAGGCCCAAGUUUUGGUGGACAGUGAUAAUAAUUCUAAAUUACAAGAAGACUACGCUGGUCUGAUCCCAAGUUAUGAGCAGAAUGAAAACCAACUUAAAAACUUGGGACAAGAAUUAGCAUGAGUUCAGCACAGCAUAGGACAGUUUUAUAGUGCUAACAAUCUUCUUUUAGGAAAACUUGAUACCAUGUCACCCCAGCUUUCUUCUGGCUCACCAUUUACCUCCCAGGCAGCAAAAUCCCUUAGAGCAAGUGUGCCUGCUGGGUUGAGUGAGUUUGCUCCUUUUCUUCAAGAAGAGGUAGAAAAGUUAAGAAAAUUGCUACAAGAAAAGGAUGCAACAAUUAGAACUCUCCAGGAAAAUAAUAACAUUUUGUCUGAUUCGAUUGCUGCCUCCUCAGAGCUAGAAAGAAAAGUACAUGAACAAACUGAUUCAGAAAUUAAGCAGCUGAAACAGAAACGAGAUGUAUUACAAAACUUACUUAAGGAAAAAGACCUCUUAAUCAAAGCCAAAAGUGAUCAGUUACUUUCUACAGAUGAAAAUUUCACUAACAAAGUGAAUGAAAAUGAGCUUUUGAAGCAGGCAGUAACAAACAUGAAGGAAAGAAUGUUAAUUUUAUAGACAGACAUUUCUAAACUAAAAGUAAAAAAUGAAAAACUAAUAGAAACAUCCAGAGAAAAGGAAUUACAAGAAACUAGCACAAAGUUAUCUCUAAUGCUUCGAGAAAAAGAGUUGGAGUACCAUUCAAUGAAAGAGAAGGCCGUUGCUUUUGAGCAGUUAUUGAAAGAAAAAGAACAGGGUGAGGCUGGGGAGUUAAAUCAGCUUUUAAAUACAGUUAAGUCAAUGCAGGAGAAGACAAUUACAUUUCAACAGGAGAGAGACCAAGUCAUGUUGGCCCUGAAACAGAAACAAAUGGAAAACAGUGCCCUACAGAAUGAAGUACAGCACUUACACAACAAAGAAACAUGGUUAAAACAGGAGCUCAAUAGAUUGUGCAAUCAUCUUUCAGAAAGAGAAGAGUCUCAUACUCAGGAAUUGUUGGCCAUGGAAGACAGAGAGGCUAAGCUGAGAAACAAAGUCAUGUCAUUGGAGGAAAAGCUAGUCUUGUCCUCUAAUGCAAUGGAAAAUGCAAACCAUCGAGUCAGUGUGCAUGCAGAGUCAUUGCAAGAGCAAUUGCAUAUCGUCUCUAAGCAAAGGGAUCAAACUGCAGCUCAGCUCACUGUCGCUCAGGACCAAAUAAAGCAAUAUGCUCUGUCAAUAAUUAACCUACAGGUGGACUUAGAGCGCUACCAACAAGAGACAAAAGCAAUGUAUUCUGCUGAAUUAGAAAAACAAGUUAUAGCCGAAUGGAAGAAAAAGGUGGAAAAUCUGGAAGAAAAGGUGUCACUAUUACAAGAACAUUUGGAUGAAGCAAAUGCAGCACUGGAGUCAGCAGCCAGACUUACAGAACAGUUAGAGCUAAAGGAAGAACAAAUUGAAGAACUGAAAAAACAAAGUGAGCUCCGACAAGAAAUGUUGGAUGAUACACAAAAGAAAUUGAUGAAUUUAGUAAAUACCACAGAAGGAAAAGUAGAUAAAGUCCUCAUGAGAAAUCUUCUCAUUGGUCAUUUCCGCACACCAGUAAACAAGCGACAUGAAGUAUUAUGGUUAAUGGGGAGCACUCUUGGUAUGAAGAAGGAAGAGAUGGAACAACUGUUUAAUGAAGAUGAAGGAGGUGUUGCUGGGUGGAUGACCAACUGGCUUGGAAGAGAACCAAAAAGUGUCCCUAACACACCUCUGACACCAAAUCAGCAAUGUGUGCUUAAUAGCUCUUUUUCAGAGCUUUUUGUUAAAUUUCUAAAAGCAGAAUCUCACCCAUCUAUCCCUGCAGCAAAGUGUUCCAUUAAUGACAUAAAAUCUCUAGGUUCAGGAGAGAGAAAAUUGAACACAAAUGCAACCACAAGUUUUAAAGGUACAUCAGAACCCAGGGCUGGUAGAAAAGCAGAUGUGAAUCCAUUCUUGGCUCCCUGCUCUGCAGCGGUGCCUCUCACUAACCCAGCUGGACUUGGACAUGGUGAGCCCGGGCAUCUUCUUUUGAAGCCCAUCUCAGAUGUUCUGCCCAUGUUUAUACCUUUGCCAGUGCCACCUGACAAUAGCACUUGUAUUGUUCUAAAAGCAAUAGGUGAUUGAUUCUGAAGCCAGAGACUAUCUAGCACUUUGAAGGAACCAUGAACACGAUGUUUAUGUAUUUUAUCACAAAGUGGCCUUUC